CCGUUAAGCCCACAGCUUUGACUGUAAGGCCGCAGGCAGGUUUGUGUUCCUCCGACAGAGUGGCGCCUCCCUCAGAGACGAUCUGUGCAGUCGGAGCUCCAGCGGCUCUGCGGAGGAUCAGGAUGCUCUUCACGUCCUCCUCCUCCUCCUUCUCACCGACACACACCAUCUGAAGCCCCGGAGCCGCUCCUGUCUGCAGAUCCGGACCCGGCUCACCCGCAGAACCGGAUCCAGCAUCCCGGGAGAGAGACGCCGGAUUAGCAUGUGAUCGGGGCGCUGAUCGGGGCGCCAGGCGGGGGUGGUCGUGGAGGGGGUCUGGACGUGGAGCAGCCAGCGCUCGUGCGUCUGACCACGAGUUCGUGUUUGUUUACGAAAUAAAAGCGCUAAAAAAAUAAAUAAAUAAAAAAGAAGAAUAAAAAUGUCGGAUCUGUUCUGGUUGUGGCUCCCGAAGAUUGAGGCUGGAGGCGGACUGAAGCUCCGGAGCGCCUGAACGCAGCACCGGCAGCGCGCACAGCUCCGGAUCCGUUUUUAUCUCUAAUCACCGUGUCGUCGUUCACCUGCGCGCUCACCUGAGAGGACACAUGUCUCAGAUGCACCAUGCGGCUCUGGACCAGCAGCAGCAGCAGCAGCAGCAGCCGGGUCAGUACAACCAGAUCUGCACCCGAACCAGCAGCUGCGGGUCACCGGCCCCCGCAGAGGGCAGCGAGCCGUCCUCCUACCCGGGCCACAGGAGCCGGACCCCCCGCAGGAAGUGGCAGGUGUUCCCGGGGAGGAACCGCUUCUACUGCAACGGGAGGAUCAUGAUGGCGAGGCAGACCGGGGUCUUCUACCUGACCCUGGUGCUCAUCCUGCUCACCAGCGGCCUCUUCUUCACCUUCGACUGUCCCUUCCUGGCGUCCAACCUGACCCCGGCCAUCCCAGCAGUGGGCGGCGUCCUCUUUGUCUUUGUCAUGGGGAUGCUGUUCAGGGCAAGUUUCAGCGACCCCGGCGUUCUACCCCGAGCCACGCCAGACGAGGCUGCUGACCUGGAGAGGCAGAUUGACUCAGCGGGCUGUUCCAGACCUCCGCCUCGUACCAGAGAGGUCCUCAUCAACGGACAGACAGUCAAACUGAAGUAUUGCUUCACCUGCAAAAUCUUCAGGCCGCCUCGAGCGUCACACUGCAGCCUGUGUGACAAUUGUGUGGAGCGUUUCGACCAUCACUGUCCCUGGGUGGGGAACUGCGUCGGACGGAGGAACUAUCGUUUCUUCUACCUGUUCAUCCUCUCCCUCUCCUUCCUCACCAUCUUCAUCUUCGCCUUUGUCAUCACACAUGUCAUCCUCAGAUCAAACCGGACAGGUUUCCUGAGCGCGCUCAAAGACAGCCCUGCCAGCGUCCUGGAGGUGGUGGUGUGUUUCUUCUCUGUUUGGUCCAUUGUGGGCCUGUCAGGCUUCCACACCUACCUGAUCAGCUCCAACCAGACCACCAAUGAGGAUAUUAAAGGGUCCUGGUCCACCAAGCGAGGGAAGGAUAACUACAACCCCUACAGCUAUGGAAAUAUCCUGACCAACUGCUGUGCUGCCCUGUGUGGACCUCUGCCGCCCAGUUUGAUUGACAGGAGAGGUCUGAUUCAGUGUGACACACCACACACCGUCUCCCAGUCUAAUGGGACCAGCAGCAGCUACGCCUCCACUCAGCUCCACAGUCACAUGUGUGAUCAGGAUCAGUGUAUCCAGAGCACCAAGUUCGUCCUCCAGGCUGCAGCCACCCCUCUGCUGCACAGUGACCCUGUGGUUCUGGCCCCUCUGCCGGGGAAGACCACCACGCUGGGGGGCCCCUGCGCCUACCUGGCCCCCACCCAGCCAUCCCUGCCGUCCUGCGGUGGAGACGUCCUGACCCUGAGGGACGCCGCCGUCGACUCCCACUGCCACCACCACCUCCACCACCAUCACCACCAUCACCACCACCACUUUGUCAGUCCAGAGGAGACGCCCUGCACCACGCCGCAGGGCGCCCUGCCCUGCCCCGCCCACCUGCACCUCCACCCCCAACCUCACCCGCCUGUCCCCUCCCCUGCCGCCCUGUACGACCCCGCCAGUCAGGACGCUCUGCAUGAGGACUCGGUGAGAGGGCUGGUGAAGCUCAGCUCCGUCUGAACAAACCACUUCUUUCAUUCGAUUUCAGUUCGACUCAUCUGACUUCAAUGUGACCUUUGAUUUUAAUAGUUUUCCAUUUGUCCGAUUUUAUAUACACCCUCAGUUUUGAAGAAAAAAUCCUGGGAAUUUAAAAAGCAAAGUCAUUAUAUUGUAGAAAAAUAAAUGACUCAGUAGCACACGCUGUUGUGCGGAUUAAAAAAACAGAACAAAUGGAAAUGUCAUCAGUGAAUAAAUGAAGCCUGACACUUUUAAACGUACUCUGACGCUUCCAGUGAACAGACAAAAUGUCAAAUAAGCUCCGAGUAACAUCUGAGUUUUGUUUUGAUGGAAACUUAAUGUGUCAAUUGGCUAGUUCUUCUUUUUAACUGCAAAUCACCCAUGUUAUGCAGUAACAGUGCAUCUCUCUGAAAUAUAAAUGAAGAAAAUCUCCAAAUUACUUUGACAAGCCAAGAAUUGUGUUCAGGAACAGAAUCAUUAUUUUCUUCAUGACAAAGUUUUGGAUUUUAUUUGCUUUUUUAAAACCCCAUGGAGUUCAUCUUGGUUCAUUUUUGUCAGCUUUUAAACAAACAAAAAUGUAUGAUAUCUUUAUUUUAAACACAACUGUAAAACUUUGAUACAAAAAAAUUACACGGGCGCCUCAAAAAAUUCACAAAUCCUUAGUCUACUAAAAUACAGUUUUCCAAAUUAUUUCCACAGACUGUACCGGCAUAUAAAAAUGGCUGCCAUAUUGCACAAAAGUGAAGCCACAAUUUGACAGAAACAGGCCAUGCUACUUUCAGCCAGUGACUGGAGGGUGAUAUGAAGAUUGAACACCUGAUCAUCUUCUGGACAAUAUAUUAGUGACUGCUGGCUGUCUAGCUAGCUACAUAUUGCCUCUUUUCACCCAUAGACUGGUUGAGGUCAUAGUUUGGUGUUGAUGGUGAAGUCGGAGGCAGGAUCUCAUACUAUAGCUGCAGAUUAUUGGAAAAAACUGGCAUUGUGAUGUUUUGUUUUUAGUAAAUAUAGCAACUUACCAACUGCAAGGUACAGUCUGGUCCACUUGUUCAGGACUGCAACAUUGUCUUUAUACAGGCUUAACGUCUCUCAGUCAUCCAAUGCUUCACUCGUUACCGUUGUGGUUUUGUCACAUGUAUGAUCAUCCAGGGAAAUACCAGUUUGCAAACUGUGACUUUUCAGUUGUUAGUCCUUCUUAGUGCGGGGAGCAGUAAGACUGUUGCGUCACUCUUAUGUCCAGCUGGACCAGAAGCCUGUUGUGGCUGCAUUAUAUCCACUUGUGACAGCUCUGUUUCAACUUGUGCCUUGCAUUUUUCAAACAGCUCUGAGACGGAAACUUGAGAAAGACAGGUGUGUGGUGAUCCUACUGCAUGUCGAGCGACCGGAUCACGCUUUAAAACAAUUUUUGGUAACCGUUAAUUGGUAUCAUGUAUUGCAAGAUGAAAAGUUGCCUCAUCAGUGAUUUCUGCUGUUUUGAACCGUUCUCAAUUCAGAUUAGUUUUUUGCUUUGAAUAACAUUGUGGUCUGGCUUUACAUUCAUCAUACUGAGCUUUGUGUUGCGGGUUUAAAUGAUCGAACAUAUUAGGCAGCAAUUGCAAGACAGACUACGUAGUUGUGGUCAACUUCGUCUUUUCUGUGUUGCAUCUAUUUUUGCAACCAAAUCCUCCUUUUCAGGGUUUCUCUCCUGUUGCUCAUUCAUUUUGCUCUGGAGCCUGCAUGUCAACAAACUCUGUUUAAAGUUUAAAAAGUCUUAAAUCAGAGUAAAUGUUCUAUCAGACAGACUUCUCUUGUAGGUUAGUCAAGUUUUCCUUUUGUAUCCAGCAUAUCGCCGUCAAUGCUGAAGCGAUGUUUCAUGCAGCUCUACUCGAUGCAUACCAAAACAAAAUAGCCGCCAGUUUCUGACAUUUUGUCUUCCCCUUUGUUCUGUUGUCCAUCUAUACAUACAGUCUGUGGUUUUUACACACAAAUACACAGUAGAAACUGUCUGUUUACAUGUAAAGUGAUUUCUUCCCUCACAGUUUUGUGCCUGCAAAUCACUAAAAAUAUUAACAGUUUACGGCUUUAAACAUUUCUUUCCUUUUCUUAGCUCGUCUCUACAUAAUGUUUAUGGACUCCAGAGGGUUUUAAACAGAAAUAAUACAGUAUUAUAAAUGUUCUGACAUAUAUUCAUUUAGUCUGAAUCGCUUUACCUUUUCAGCCUCGUUCACUCCCAGUUAGUCUGUUUUUUUUUUUUUACCUUAAUGUUUUGACUCUGCUUUUGUUCAUGUCCCUCUUUGGUCCUGAUGAAGUCAAAUUUCUGCUAAAACAGUGAACAUUUAAUCCACAAUAAGCUACUUCAGUGCCAAAUGGACGUCCGCCUCCAGCUGCAGUCGGAUUGGGACCAAAACCACUGACUUUUUUGUUUUUUGCUAUUACAAAUCAAGUGAUUGAUCCAGGACGUUUGAUUGUUUCCUGUGGGAGCUGACGGAAACGGCAUCGGUCUUCAGGUGUUUGUUGGAUUCUGUGGAUAAAAACACGAAGCAGGAGUGAGUUUUCCAAAAACCUGAAUGGAUCAGUUUGUGUCGAGCAAAGCAGCAACACUGCCAGAUGUUCAGCUGGAGUUCACCUCUUUAAAUAAUCUGACUUACUUUUUUUGUUAUAUGUCACUGUCCUCUUUUAUAGACAGGUUUCUGGUUGAAGAAGGAGCCAGCGAGAUGAACUAAAUCUGUCUUUAUUUCACACAGCAUAAUUUAGAAACGUUUUCACAAUAUCAUAAUAGUUUGUGUGUGCACAUCUUUACUACUUAGACAUAAGGCAACUGGAUGGAAACCAGUUAAAUGGCUGUUUACAGGUGAAUUUGUAUAAUCAUUCCCAAAACCAGGUCUGUGCUUUUAUUCUGAAGGUCACAUGCAUAUUCCAGAUCCUGUCCUUCAAAUUUCACAGUUUGUAAGCAGUUUGUUGAUUUCAUGCCGACAUUGUUUGCAAUAAAAGAUCCUCAGGA